UUCACCGUCUACGGUACCGCACACCGGAGUCACAACAACCGCCCGCCGUUAGCUCGGUGAGUGUCCGUUUGUCGGGGCCCAGGGGCCGGAUCUGCUGUCUCAUAGGCUCUGAGAAGAGAGCGGCGGAGCGCAGUACUAGCGGGGUCAAGGUACCGGAGUGGCUUCUUUGGAUAGUCGGUGAAACGUCAGCAGCAGAGAACCGGGAGCUGGGUGAUUGUUAGCGAUCACCCGGUAACCGUCAGUCCGCCGCCGCUCCUGCUGAGUGUAACCAGCAGCUGGUAACCGGUCACCUCGCCAACCGACUGGCUGAUGGAGGCCAGCCGCUGCUGACGGUAGCAGUGGCGCUACGCGCUAAGAGGCUAACACCGAGCAGCGCCCCGGUGGUCCGCGGUGGGUAACGGAGCGGGUGCCGGACACCAUGCUCUGCUCCCGGUGAACCGAGCGACACCCAACAGCUAGCUGCUAACCGCGGAGCUAACAGGUAGCUGCGGAGCAUCUGGCCGCGGCUGGGUCUCCGUGCAGCGUCCGAGGAUGGUCGCAGUGACGGCGGCUGCUCUGGAGGAUCGGCCUGGACGUCCCGAGGCUUUCGCCCGUGCAGCCGGACCCGGUCUGCGCCUCAUGUAAACCGAAGAACCGAGCGUGAGAGUCCGGCCGCGGCGCUCAGACCCCGCACACCCCGCAGCAAGCAGCCAUGCAGGCGGCGCAGCUGCAGUACGACUUCUUCAACGAAGAAAACGCUCCCAAAUGGAGAGGCCUGCUGGUACCCUCACUGGAAAAGGUACUGAACCAGGUGCAUCCUAACCUGGUGUCCCAGCAGGAGGCGCUGCAGUACAUCGAGGAGUUAAUCCUGCUGCUGCUCAACAUGUUAUGUCAGGCUCAACCACGCACUGUGCAGGAUGUGGAGGAGCGGGUUCAGAAGAGUUUUCCUCACCCAAUCGACAAGUGGGCGAUCGGUGACGCUCAGGCCGCCAUCGAGAAGAGGAAGAGGAGGAACCCGCUCGCUCUGCCCGUCGACAAGAUCCACCCACUGCUCAAGGAGGUGCUGGGUUACAAGGUGGACCACCAGGUGUCCGUGUACAUGGUGGCCGUGUUGGAGUACAUCUCUGCCGACAUCCUGAAACUGGCCGGAAACUACGUGAGAAACAUCCGACACUAUGAGAUCUCCCAGCAGGACAUCACUGUGGCCAUGUGUGCUGACAAGGUGUUGAUGGACAUGUUCCACCAGGACGAGGAGGACAUCAGCGGGUUCCCUCUGAUGGACGAGGAGCCGUCGGCCAGUGAGGAGCAGAGUUACUACGAGCUGGUGAGGAGCUUCAUGGCCGACGGGCGGCAGUAUGUGAGACAGCUCAACCUGCUCAUCAAGGUGUUCAGAGAGCCCUUCAACUCCUGCCCCAUGCUUUUCUCCCAGCACGACGUGGACAGUAUCUUCAGCAGGAUUGUAGAUAUCCACGAGGUGACGGUGAAGCUGUUGGGUCUGAUCGAGGAUACGGUGGAGAUGACCGACGAAGGAAGUCCUCACCCCCUGGUGGGAAGCUGCUUCGAGGACCUAGCUGAGGAGUUGGCCUUUGACCCUUAUGAGACGUACGCUCAGGACAUCUUGCGUUCUGGUUUCCACGAGCACUUCCUCAGUCAGGUGUCCAAACCUGGAGCCUCCUUCCACUUGCAGUCCAUCUGCGAGGGCUUUAAAGAGGCUGUUCAGUACGUUCUGCCCCGGCUGCUGCUCACUCCUGUUUACCACUGUCUGCACCUGUUCGAGAUCCUCAAGCAACUGGAGGAGAAGAGCGAGGACGAGGAGGACAAAGAGUGUCUGAAACAGGCCAUCACGGCUCUGCUCAACCUGCAAAGCAGCAUGGAGAGGAUCUGCUCCAGGAACCUCGCCAAGAGGAGGCUCAGCGAGUCAGCGUGUCGUUUCUACAGCCAUCAGAUGAAGGGGAAGCACCUGGCCAUCAAGAAGAUGAACGAGAUCCAGAAGAACAUCGACGGCUGGGAGGGGAAGGACAUCGGCCAGUGCUGCAACGAGUUCAUCAUGGAGGGCACGCUCACUCGCGUGGGCGCCAAACACGAACGCCACAUCUUCCUGUUCGACGGCCUCAUGAUCUGCUGCAAGUCCAACCACGGCCCGCCGCGGCUGCCCGGCGCCGGCUCCACCGCCGAGUACCGCCUCAAGGAGAAGUUCUUCAUGCGCAAAGUCCAAAUCAAUGACAAAGACGACAAGGAGGGCGAGUACCGGCACGCCUUCGAGAUCAUCCUGAAGGACGGGAACAGCGUGGUGUUCGCCGCCAAGUCCGCCGAGGAGAAGAACGGCUGGAUGGCGGCGCUGAUCUCGCUGCAGUACCGCAGCACGCUGGAGCGCAUGCUGGACUCGGCCAUGCUGCAGGAGGAGAAGGAGGAGCAGAUGAGGCUGCCCGGCGCUGAGGUUUACCGCUUCGCCGAGCCGGACUCCGAGGAGAACGUCGUGUUCGAAGAAAACGUCCAGUCCAAGUCGGGGAUCCCCAUCAUCAAAGCCGGGACGGUCCUGAAGCUGAUCGAGAGGCUCACCUUCCACAUGUAUGCAGAUCCAAACUUUGUGCGGACGUUCCUGACGACGUACCGCUCGUUCUGUAAACCUCAGGAGCUGCUGGACCUGCUCAUGGAGAGGUUUGAGAUUCCUGAGCCGAGGCCGAGCGACGCCGAUCAGAUGGAGGGAGGAGAGCAGCCGCUCAGCGCUGAGCUCAAACGCUUCAGGAAAGAGUUUGUUCAGCCUGUUCAGCUCAGAGUCCUGAAUGUGUGUCGUCACUGGGUGGAACAUCACUUCUACGACUUCGAGAGGGACGCUCAACUACUGAGCCAGCUGGAGGAGUUCAUCUCUUCAGUCAGAGGCAAAGCGAUGAGGAAGUGGGUGGAGUCGAUCACAAAGAUCAUCCAAAGGAAGAAGCAGGUGCAGGUGAGCGCGCCCAGCCACAGCAUCACCUUCCAGAAUUCUCCACCUCCCAUCGAGUGGCACAUCUGUAAACCUGGAAACACGGAGCAGUUCGACCUCAUGACGCUGCACCCCAUCGAGAUCGCCCGCCAGCUCACCCUGCUCGAGUCCGACUUCUACCGGGCGGUGCAGCCGUCUGAGCUGGUCGGAAGCGUCUGGACCAAAGAGGACAAAGAGAUCCACUCGCCCAACCUGCUGAGGAUGAUCCGACACACCACCAACCUCACCCUGUGGUUCGAGAAGUGCAUCGUGGAGACGGAGAACCUGGAGGAGCGGGUCUCCGUCGUCUCCCGGAUCAUCGAGAUCCUGCAGGUUUUUCAGGAACUCAACAACUUCAACGGCGUGCUGGAGGUGGUCAGUGCCAUGAACUCCUCUCCAGUGUACAGACUGGACCACACCUUCGAGCAAAUCCCGAGUCGACAGAGGAAAAUCUUAGAGGAGGCUCACGAGCUCAGCGAAGACCACUACAAGAAGUAUUUAGCUAAGCUGCGCUCCAUCAACCCCCCCUGUGUUCCCUUCUUUGGAAUCUACCUGACCAACAUCCUGAAGACGGAGGAGGGAAACCCCGACUUCCUGCGUCGGCAUGGCAAGGACCUGAUCAACUUCAGCAAGAGGCGGAAAGUGGCCGAGAUCACCGGAGAGAUCCAGCAGUACCAGAACCAGCCAUACUGCCUGAGAGUGGAGGGCGACAUCAGGAAGUUCUUCGAGAACCUGAACCCGAUGGACGACCUGUCAGAAAAAGACUUUGCUGAUCACCUCUUCAACAAAUCUCUGGAGAUUGAGCCUCGAAAUGCCCGAUCGUUACCUCGAUUUGUGAAGAGGUACACCUGUCCUCUGAAGUCCCCGGGGAUCCGUCCCUCCUCAGCCAGGCCGGGCACCAUGCGACACCCGACGCCGCUGCAGAACGAGCCGCGCAAGAUCAGCUACAGCCGCAUUCCCGACAGCGAGGCCGAAGGCGGCGCCGUCUCCGCCCCCAACUCCCCCCGCACGCCUCUGACCCCGCCCCCUGCGUCUGCCGCCUCCAGCUCCACUGACGUAGGCAGCGUGUUCGACUCCCCGCAGGGUCCCAGCAGCCCCUUCCACUCCACCUGCGACAGUAUCUUUGCUGUGGUUUCUCUCCCUCAUGGUCCACGGUCGUCGUCUGUCUCCUCCAUGCUGAGCUUCAGUCGCGGUUCAGAGGAGGCCCCCGUUCCUCCUCCGGUUCCUCCUCGCAGACGACCGGAGUCCGCUCCUGCGGAGUCGUCGCCCUCUAAGAUGAUGUCAAAGUUGGACAGCCCCCCCGCUGUCCCCCCUCGCCAGCCCACCUGUAAGCUCCUCCCACCUCGAUACUCCUCGUCGCUGUCCUCGUCGUCUCCUCCUGACAGCCCGCCCUCGCUGCCCCCCCGGGAGCCGCUCAGCUCCCCGCUGCACCUCCUCCCGCCCCCUCAGGGUCGCCCCCGCUGCGACCUGUUGCCCCAGGCCUUCUUCCCCUCCACCACCUCGGCCUCGCUGCCCAUCUGCCCCGCCCCCUGCAGCGCCUCGUCCUCUCCGCCGGCCCUGCCUCCCUCUGCCCCCCUCACCCCCACCCCCAGGAAGAUGCCCCUCCCCUCCCCGCCGCCCUCCCUGCUGCCCCCGCUGGACGGCCCCCCGGUGCCUCCCCGCCACGGCGUCCCCAAGCUGCCCCCGAAGACAUACAAGAGGGAGUCUUUGAGCCACGCCCCUCUGUUGGACACGCCCCCGGCACUGUGAUUGGACAGCCUGUGGAGGAGGCGGAGCUGGACGCGUAAACACUACAGCUGAUUGGAUCAGAACACAGGACCGAUUUUAAACCACGUCUGAUGGACCAAUCAGGACGUUCUGAUCUGGUCUGAACUGAAACUAAUGAAAUACAAAUCAUGUGCUCUUAUUGUGAGAAUCUGCCUGAGAACACUCAUCCGUCUGUGGUCGCUUCUUCAUUUCUGUUCGUCGUCCGUGAGCCCGGAGCCCGAGCGGCGUCCUGCUGAACCCCAGGGCUGCUGGGUAAUGUGGUUGUCCAGAGUGAAGCAGGCUGAGUGUGAGAGUGAGUGUGUGUUUAUGUGUGUAUGCGUGCGUGUGUGUGUGUGAGGAGCAGAAGCACAGAGGUACUGAGGCGCUCCUGCUCAUCUGUCCGUCUCUGAAUGUCCAGAAGAAAUGUAAACAAACUUCAUGAUCGCCUUCUUUAAAAAACAAAAAAAACAAGGGAAUAAACGUGUUUCCACCACGCAGAGGGACGGAAACGGAAACCACCGCGUCUGUCGUUAACCUCACCGAACCUGCACGGCGCGUGUGUUUAUCUCCACACUGGUGGAGAGUGGAUUAGAGUGUGUGUGUUGUCCCCAUAAGGAACCAAAACAUUUCAGUGUGCUGUGAGUGUCAAACAUAUUUUAAUUCAGGGGACACAGAGAGCCCAGUCUCAUCUU